CUUCUUUAAAUAAUAAAUCACAAAUAAAAGAAAAUUACAGUCAGUUCAUCACAGAGGAAAGCGAGAGAAAGAAAGAUGGCAAGAAUGAAUUCGAUCACCAUUGCUCUUCUAUGGAGUUUUGUUCUUUUUGGAACCCUAAAUCAAAUUCAGGCUAAGAAGAAAUCAUCGGAAGAUCUGAAGGAAGUGACCAACAAAGUGUUCUUUGAUGUUGAAAUUGAUGGAAAACCAGCUGGUCGAAUUGUUAUGGGUCUCUUUGGCAAGACAGUUCCCAAAACAGCUGAAAACUUCAGAGCAUUGUGCACUGGAGAGAAAGGUAUAGGGAAAUCUGGAAAACCCCUACACUACAAAGGAAGCACAUUCCACAGGAUUAUUCCUAGUUUUAUGAUACAGGGAGGUGAUUUCACUCUUGGAGAUGGAAGAGGUGGUGAAUCAAUCUACGGAGAGAAGUUUGCUGAUGAAAAUUUCAAGCUAAAGCAUACUGGACCAGGUCUUCUAUCUAUGGCAAAUGCUGGUAAAAACACCAAUGGUUCCCAGUUUUUUAUCACAACCGUAACAACUAGCUGGUUGGAUGGCAGGCAUGUUGUAUUUGGCAAGGUGCUUUCCGGUAUGGAUGUGGUCUACAAGAUGGAAGCUGAGGGAAGGCAGGAUGGUACUCCUAAAAGCAAGGUUGUUAUUGCUGACAGUGGAGAAAUUCCUCUGUAAUCUUUCAUCAUCUCCAAAUUCCAUCCUCGAACAGAGAUGAAUUAGGAAAAACCAUAGGCCAACACUUUACACUGGUGGAAUGUGCUGACUUUGCUCUUCAGUUUCUAUCUUAGAUGUUGGACACUUUCAUAGUGCUAAACUCGCCUUUUUUUCAUCUCCAUGUAAACAUUGGAUCAUAUAACUAGCUGGAACGAGUUGUUUCAUAAAUGAGUUAGAUUUUGCCUCUGUUCUAAACUUCA